AUGCAUUUCACUAAAUUUACUACCACCUGCAUCUUGAUAAUUAUGAGCGUCUCCGCUAUCGUAAUCCCUCAAGCGGCUACCGCAAGCGAUCCCCAGACUAUCGUAAGCGAGUGGAAUGACAAUACCGGCGGUUUCAACCAUCAUCUUUUCAUCUCCAUCGCAAAUACCAAACCAGAUGCUCAAGGACACAAUCUCGUCCAAAGCGCAUUUAGCGGGAUUAAUGAGAAGUUGAGGAAUCUUAUUGCGCUUAAUUCAGAGCUUGACGUUUGA